AUGGCAUCUAGACCGGUUUGGCGGAGUUUACAUUGGAGCGCAAAGCGCAAACAAGUACCAAUCAAGGCGCCCUACCGCUGCUUUUCGUGUUCUAUUCAGAAUCGAGCUCAAACAAAGGAGUCGGCAAGCAAUGGACGAACUACGCAUUUCGGAUUCGAAACAAUUCCUGAAUCAGCAAAGGAGUCAAAGGUUGGGGCUGUGUUCAGCUCUGUUGCAACAUCGUAUGACACAAUGAACGACCUCAUGUCACUUGGUAUACAUCGUCUUUGGAAAGAUUAUUUCGUCCGAUCGUUGAACCCCGGCUCCCAGUAUGUCCGCAAUGAAGCAGGCAGCGAGAAAGGCUGGAACAUCCUUGAUAUUGCAGGUGGAACUGGGGAUAUCGCCUUUCGGAUGCUAGAUCAUGCUACUAAUAUCAACAAUGAUCAUCACACACGCGUCACAGUGGCGGAUAUAAACCCCGACAUGCUUGCGGAAGGUAAAAAGCGAAGCCUAGAUACGCCUUAUUUCAACUCGGAGCGCCUCUCUUUUAUGCAAGCCAAUGCGGAGUCUAUUCCCUCAAUUCCAGACAAUUCUGUGGAUUUGUAUACGGUUGCCUUUGGUAUUCGUAAUUUCACAAAUAAACAAACGGCGCUGGAAGAAGCUUUCCGCGUACUGAAGCCCGGUGGUGUGUUUGCAUGCUUGGAAUUUAGCAAGGUGUCGGUGGGGCUGUUCGACGAGCUAUACAAACGCUGGAGCUUCAGGGCUAUCCCACUAAUUGGCCAGCUGGUUGCGGGAGACCGUGCAAGCUACCAGUACCUAGUGGAGAGCAUUGAACGAUUCCCAUCCCAGGAGGAAUUUCGAAGUAUGAUCCGAGCUGCUGGAUUCAUCACCCCGGGCCAAGGCUAUGAGAACCUCACAAUGGGCAUUGCUGCCAUUCAUAAGGGAGUGAAGCCGCUGAAGAAAUAG